GUCUGUAGCUUCGCUUAAACUUCACCCUUGGCAAUGCCCAUGCUAAAGUCGGCUUUGUUCGUAUUUGCCGUUGCCACUGCUCAGACUACUGAGGUCUGCACUAGACUAUGCAACAUGUACGGCGACAAUGAGUGUCAGAAACUCCACAGGGAAUUGGAGUGUCGCGUUGACACGAAUGUAUGCCGCGAUCUCUACUUCAAGGAUGCUUCUCACACUACUACUUGCAUCGAUGGCGUUGAUAAGGGAUGUGGUUAUGGUGCUGCCAGCGACUCCGUUCCAUGCAGUACGGCACCUCCUAACUCCACCUGCGUCUCUGAGUGCAACAGACUUAAUAACGAUGCCUGCAAGAACCACCCUAAGGCCCGCGUUGAGUGCCGCUGUGACAGGUAUAUAUGUCGUAAUAUGUAUUACACUAACCAGCAGCGCACUGCCCUUUGUGUACAUGGUAUCGACAAGGGCUGCAACAGCGGUCUGCCAGUCUCGUGCCCUCCCGGCUCCUGUGACUAGGCGGCUAUCGAUAUGAUUCCUCCGUCUCAUUGUUAAAACUUCUCUAACGAAGUACUCUUUAUUUUUUCGCUUAAGAGUAGCAUACCAUUACUUCGUCAACAGAUGAAGCAUCUAUCGACGUAGUCGAGUAAUGAAGCUAUCCUUCCA